UUUCAGGAUCUGAUCAGAAUUGAGAAAAUGUCUCACGCAAAGUCAAACAAACCUCGUGGACGUGUUUCAGCUUAUGCCUUUUUUGUACAGGCAUGCCGAGAAGAGCAUAAGAAGAAACAUCCUAAUGAUAAUGUUGUCUUUGCUGAGUUCUCCAAGAAGUGCAGUGAACGAUGGAAGAACAUGAGUGAGAAGGAGAAGAAUCGGUUUCAAGAAAUGGCAGCAAAGGACAAGCAGCGUUUUGAUGUUGAAAUGAGCCAUUAUGAAGGUCCUGGGAAAGCAGAGGGUGGGGGGAAGAAGAAGAAGCGAGCAAAGGACCCUGCUGCUCCCAAGAGAGCCAUGUCUGCCUUCUUCUUCUUCUCUGCGGAUGAGCGUCGAAAGGUGGUGGCCGAGAAUCCUGGUCUACGUGUCACAGAGGUCGCCAAGGAGAUGGGAAAACGAUGGGCAGCAGUUUCUCCUCAAGUGAAGUCCAAAUAUGAUGCUAUGGCUGUGAAAGACAAGGCACGAUAUGAACGGCUAGAAGUCAUGGAAGUGACAGAUGAAAAUAUGAAAACUCUGGCAGGGUACCUGCAACAUACACUUAGCCCAGAGGCUUCUAUCAGAAAGCCAGCGGAGCAUUUCCUUCAGUCAGUUGAGGUGAACAAGAAUUAUCCAAUCCUACUGCUGAAAAUGCUCAACUGGGAUCAGGUUGAUCAGAAUGUGAGAGUUGCAGCAGCUGUCAUGUUCAAGAACUGCAUCAAGAGGAACUGGCAGUGUGGAGAAGAGGAUGAUGAUCGCAUUCACCCUGAAGACCGACUUGCCAUCAAACAGCUUAUAGUAGAUCUCAUGUUGAAUUCUCCUGAAGCAAUACAAAGGCAACUGAGUGAUGCCAUAUCUACAAUUUCCACCCAUGAUUUCCCAAAGAAAUGGCCAAACCUUAUUGGUGACCUUGUUGGGAAAUUCAAUUCAGGAGACUUUCAUGUCAUCAAUGGUGUCUUGAGGACCUGCCAUUCACUGUUCAAGGGCUACCGGUAUGCAUUUGCAUCUGAUGAGCUAUACUUGGAAAUCAAGUUUGUCUUGGAAAAUUUGGCUCAGCCACUCUCCCAACUUUAUCUUGUGACCUUGGACCUCACCAAGAAGUAUGAAGGAAAUGCAGAAGCAUUGAAGGUUAUUGUGAGCUCUCUGGUUCUGAUUGCAAAGAUAUUCUACUCCUUGAACUUCCAAGAUCUACCUGAAUUUUUUGAAGACAACAUGCCGACUUGGAUGCCAAACUUUUUACUCCUCCUCAAUUACAACAAUCCCAUUCUCCAAUCUGAUAGCCCUGAAGAGUGUGGACCACUUGAGCAGCUGAAAACUCAGAUCUUAGAAAACAUCUCCCUCUAUGCUCAAAAGUAUGGAGAAGAAUUUGAACCCUACUUGCCUGAGUUUGUGAGCACUGUCUGGAAUCUACUUGUGGGCACUGGGGUUGAGCUCAAGUAUGAUCAGUUGGUGAGCCAUGCCAUUCACUUCCUUUCAUCAGUUGCUGAUCGUCACCAGAAUCAGAAGCUCUUUGAAGCUGAAAAUGUCCUUGGUAGUAUUUGUGAGAAGGUCAUCAUUCCAAACAUGGAGUUUCGAGAAUCUGAUGAGGAGUUGUUUGGAGAUAAUCCAGAGGAAUACAUCCAAAGAGACAUUGAAGGAUCAGAUAUGGAUACACGAAGGAGAGCUGCAUGCGACCUUGUCAAGUCUCUGUCUCGCUACUUUGAAGCCAAAAUGACAGUUGUGUUCUCCCAGUAUGUCAAGGUGAUGUUGGAAAAGUACCAGGAGGAUGUGAACAAAAACUGGAGGUCAAAGGACACUGCCCUGUAUCUUGUGACCUCCCUCACUGCAAAGGGGAAAACAGCAAAGACUGGCAUCACUCAAACCAAUCAACUUGUUGAUGUCACAGCAUUUUUCCAUGACCACAUUCUCCCAGAAUUACAGUCUCCUCGAGUGGAUGAGAGGCCAAUCAUAAAGGCAGAUUGCCUUCGCUAUAUCCUGGUAUUCCGGUCUCAGCUAAGUCCUCCUCUCCUCCAUGGAUGUCUUCCUUUCAUCAUUUCUCACUUGUCAGCCCAAUCAAGAGUCACCCAUUCCUAUGCAGCCCAUACUCUAGAGAAAUUCCUCCUUCUAAAAAAUCCCGACAAUACCCCUGUCUUUAAGGCAGGAGAUGUGGAGCCUACAAAGGAGCCUCUCCUUGCCAGCCUCCUCAAGGUCCUGGAAAGAGAGGGGUCUGAGGAGAACGAGCAUGCUAUGAGAGCCAUCAUGAGAACAGUGGGAGUUCUGCAAGAGGCUGUCCUCCCCUGCCUCAAGUUGCUGGCUCCUCCAUUGACCGCAAAGCUGGUCCUUGUGGCAAAAAAUCCCAGCAAGCCACACUUCAAUCACUACUUGUUUGAAACCUUUUGUCUCAUGGUCCGAAUCUCAUCACAAGCCACUCCUGAUGCCAUCAUUGGAUUUGAGAGCCACCUUUUCCCUAUUUUUGGGGAAAUAUUGCAGCAAGAUAUUCUUGAUUUUGUGCCCUAUACCUUCCAAGUGCUUGCUCUUCUCUUGGAGCAAAGGUGUGCAUUCAAUCUUGAGUUGGCCUCACCCUACAAAGAUCUUUUCCCUCAUCUUCUGACACCAAUCCUUUGGGAGAGGCAAGGGAAUAUCCAUCCUUUGAAUCGACUUCUUCAGGCAUACAUCUCCUGUGCUAAGGAGAAACUGUUUGAUGCUGAGAAACUGAAUUCAGUUCUGGGGAUCUUUCAAAAGCUUCUCCAGUCUCGACGCAAUGAUCAUGAAGGAUUUGCCCUGCUACUUUGCCUCUUGGAAAACCUCCCCAUAUCUCACCUGGAAGGAAGCAUGAAACAGAUAUUUGCAUUGUGCUUUGCACGUCUCACAAAUGCCAAGACAGCAAAACUCACCUCCAAUAUCCUGGUUUUCUUCUCCUACUAUGUCAUCAAAGUUGGAGCUAACAGUCUAAUUCAGAUCAUUGAUUCUCUCCAGCCCAAAAUGUUUGGAAUGGUUUUGGAGCGACUGUACUUCCUGGAAUUGGGGAAAGUGAAUGGGUUUGUGGAAAAGAAGAUUUGUGCUGUUGGUACAUGCAAGCUCAUUUGUGAAGCAUCCCCUCUUAUUGUGGGAGAGUACAACAGCUAUUGGGCCAAAUUGCUGUAUUAUCUAGUAGGCCUAGUGGAAUUACCUGAAGAAGUCCGAGAUGAAGAGGAAGAGCUAUUCUUAGAGACUAUUUUUGAAGGCCAAGACUACCAAGCAGCCUACUCCAAACUUGUCUUUGCAUCCAAGCCUGCAUGGGAUCCUGUCAAAGGUGUUGCUCCAGAUAUCAAGGCAUUUGUAGCAAAAAGCAUUACUGUUGUUGUGAAUCAGCAUGGAGCUGCUGUGUCUCACUUGAUUGAAAAUGCUGCUCCUGAGUGCCAAGGAAUUCUGAAACAGUAUCUAAGUGCAUCAGGCGUCAACUUCUGAUGGUCUGAGUCUCCCAGAAGAGAGAACACAAACGAGUCCUCUGUCCUGUGAUGUCAACUUGGCAUUCAAGAACUUGGAAUGAAUUAAUCAAUUUCUUAUUCCUUUUUUUUUGCAUGAAAGCAAAGCUUUUGAAUUGGUGAUAUAAAGUUUCCUUCAUGCUACUUCA